AUGUCCCCUCUGGAGGGCACUUUCGGCCGUACGCCGAAAGUCGACCUCCCAGACAAGGUCGAGGGCUUCAUUCGUACCCAAAGUUACGAACCAGGCAAUUCCGAAAGCAAUAGAUCUGGGCGCAUCGUUGACGGACGCAAUGCCUCUUCUGCCGACUGUAAGAGUAUCAUCGGACAUAACGAUGAAGACCCCUCCAAGCGGCCGAUACUCCAUGACGUGGAACAGUCUCCAGCCUCUACCAUGACCAUGGACCCAUUUCCCCUCGUCACCGGUGUCUGGCCGGUGCCCAUCAGCUUGUCGAUAUCACAGUGUGAGAAAGACUUUCAACACAUUACCGCAUCGCCAGGCCAGCUCAAUCAGAUGUACAACCCAAAGAACCUCAUGGCCUUUUAUUACCGCGGCGGGAUCCAACGCAUUGCCAACGGCCUAAAGACUGACCUACGCUUUGGUCUGAGCGACGGAUGUGUCAAUAUCCAGAGCCCCGUUAGCUCACAUGAAGCCGUUGGGAAGGUCAAAAGGAGUCUGGGGCAAGGCAACAUCGACCUUGACGACUUUGAAUGUCGCAAGAGAGUGUUGGGGGGGAACCGACUGUCGCCGCCGAAAGAGACACCACUGCUGAAGCUUAUGCGGAUGGCGUCGAGCGAUAAGGUGCUGAUACCUGUCACAGUCCUCGUGACGGCCGUCGGCGAACAUUCAAACAUUGGACGGACCCUGAUGUCUAUGAGGGACGAUGAAAGUCCCGGCAUGGGCGCCUUGGCCUGGUUCAUGUUCAUGGCUAGCCAGCUGGGUAACUUCCUUUGCGUCACCCUCAGCCUCGGUACCAACCUUCUGCCUGAGAUCUCGACAAGGAUGAACUGCUGCAAUUUCGGCUUGCUCUCCGUCCCGGUCCUCAAUCUCGUCCGUUUCUGCACCAAUAUGUUUCAAUCCGAGGCUGUCUUGAACACGGAUGCUGUCAAACCAUCAUUCUUCCGCCUACACACCAAAAUCGACCAUUAUACGAGCUUCAGGUUGGACCAGUCUCUCGCCACAACAUUCCAGGAGGGGGCGAUCACUGAGCCUCAUAGAUUGUCGACACUCGCCGACUCCUUGCGGUUCGGCUCCGCUUCCACGGCUACAGAAUGGACUGGUAUUAUCUCACAACCAAUAGGUUCGAGUACGGCCAGGCGUCAUCGAAGGCUUUUUGUCAACAAUCCAAGGCUCGCUGGGGGAAUAUGCCUCGCAGGUUAUGUUAUACCGUUAGCUGCUGCCGCUUUCAGAGUUGCUCGGGGCCUGCGUAUCGCCUCAGGGCUCACAUCCACCGUUUCAGGGGUCACCGUAAUACCUCUUCGCACCGCGGAGGGCUUUCCCGUCUGGUCAUGGAUACUGACGUAUGGUGUUUGGGCCACCGCUUUCUCGGUAUACCUCUGGCAGCAAACUCGGCGCAUCCCGCGCAACGCCAACCACCGGAGGCAACUCUACUUGUUCUGCGUCAUUAUGGCGGCCGGGCACUUCACUACGGCCAUGUCUCAGGCUUCGGGAGCGCCCCCCUUGCCGGACAUCUUUACCUUGUACGGCCCAAUCAUCCUGACGUUCUGUGCCUACUCCUUUUUCCUGGUUUACGAAGCCGUCCUCCAUGAAGUCCCAAAGGGUGGCGAACCUCUUGAUCGAGAGGCUUCUCCAACUCCUGACGGCGACAGCGCAGCCACCGUUCCCUUCGGCGCACAGCCCGACCAGACGGCCCUCGGUAUCGGCGUCGCCGCUAUGGCUGGGGUUCCUUCGGAGGUAGCACUAUCCUGA